UGCCCCAGCAGGAUGACCAGCCCUGUCCCAGUGCCCAGGAGAGAUGUUCCAAGCAAGAUACCUGUACUUGAUAGAGGAUAUGUAUCUAGCGACAUGUCCUCACCCGUCCAAGAAGAAAUGCCCAGUUUUGUACAUGUUGCAGAGGUUCAUAGCUCAAGAAUCCAAUUGCUAACACCAAGUGAUGACGGUGGAAACAAAAAGGUUGAGAAGAAAAGGAAAAAAGUACGAAAAAGAUCUACAUUUACGAUCAAGCAGUCUGAGGAUGAUAUAAUUGUUUACAAUUCAGAUGAAAUUGAAAACUCUGUUAAAUCAAGCAAAGACACGCUGAGCUCAGAGGACUCUCACAAGCCCAUGAUCAAAUUGAGGGGUUCAAGCGCUGUCUCAGUCAAAGAACGUGUUGAAAUGUUAAAUAUGCUUAGCAGAGAGAGCAACGUCCCUAAGAGUGUCAGUGACCCUGUUUUUAAAGAACCUGGCCCUGUCGCUUGGAGGAGGCCAGUCAGCUCAAAGGAAAAAAGGGGAUCUGCCACUGAAACACUAAGUGACUCUUCAACAGGGGGGUCAUCGAAGAUCAAGCUUGCACCACUCUCAGCAAGGCAUCGCAGGCCACGCGGAAGUGCGACUGAAACUCUCAGUGAAGAUUCUGGCAAUUCGCCUGAGAAGUUAUCAAAGCCGCCUGUCCCUUUGCCUAGGAAGUCGCUUACAAAAUCAUCUGAAGACAUAAUUUCCCUUCAGGCCGAAGUUAAAAACGCUGAUUCUCCGAAGAGCUACUGCACGACUUCAUCAAUGGACUACAGAGAUACUGGUGUCAUUCCUCCUCCAAGGCAGAGGAGACAUAAGAAAAAGCGAAAACUGAAAGACACACCAAAAUCAAAUGAAAAGGAUUCUGAUUUGGAAAGUAAGACAACUGAACGAAGUAUUGUUGAUGAGAAUAAAGCACCAAGUCCAACCCCUGCUACAGAUGACACUGCAGUCUGCCUUUCAAUCCAUGGUGCUGAACCUCUAAAGAUGAGAGAUUUCAAUUCUAAACCUUAUCUGAAGGUGCAUGUCCUUGAUGUUAAGGAAUGCGCAUACCGAAGAAGUGCUUUUGGAAAAAUGAAUAUUGAUGUCUUGCAAACACAUCCAUUUGACAAUUUAUACCAAAGAACUGUUAUGCCAAGGUGGGAUGAGGAUCUUGUAUGGAUGGAGCCAAUAUCGCAUAUUGCUUCAACAUCAACUCUCAUGCUGUUUGAACUGUUUUCAAACGAUUCAUCAGACAUGAUCGCUUGGGCUUUCCUGCGACCUGUUGGUGUCAACGGAGCGACUAAUGUUGGUAAAAAGCUGCGGCUUCAAUUGUACAAACCGUCUCGUUCAUUGCCAUCAGCCGCCAAGAGCUCUGAACUGCCAAAACCAUUCUUUUGGUGGCAGCGAGGAAAAUACUCAGUUUAUAAGAGCACGCUUUUCAUCACGUUGAAUUCCAUACCGUCUAAUUUUGUAGUGAAGCCGCAGGAGCUUGAAGAUUUAAAAACUCAGCAAGAAGAUAAGCCAAAAGAGGAUAACCCUCCAGAAAUCAGCUCACAUGUGGAAGAAGAACUGGAGAGAGUGAUUUGGAGUAGGCUGCCAAAUCUAUCGUGCAAGCUACCAAAUAAAGUCUUGAAACAGUUACCGACAGGUCCGGAUGGAGGGAUGGCCAUCGCUUUCAACCACACCGGCCUGCUACUUGCCUGUCACACUUCAAAUACCAUAACAGUUUUUACAUAUAAAGGAACAAGAUAUCUUACACUAGCGGGCCAUCAUGGCUUGGUUUACAGUCUUUCAUGGUCCCCUGAUGACAAAUAUCUCCUGUCGACUUCCGCCGAUGCCACAGGAAUCAUCUGGGACAUUGCGAACAAGAGGACAAGGCCGUUCAAAGUCUUCCCACAUCCCAGUUAUGUCUACAGUGCAUGCUGGUUGGAACUGAAAUUCAUAAUAGCAACUGGAUGUUACGAUUAUCAGGUACGCCUCUGGAGCAGCGCUUCGGAUUCUGGCGCGUAUCCGGUUCAACAUCUGAUUCAUCACAAGGCUCGUGUGAACACGUUAGGCGCUCUUAAGCCUCACGAUGGCCCCAAUGGAAACGAGCUUCUCGUCUCCGGAGAUAGCGAUGGUGUCAUUAUAUUCUGGAAAGCUAAAAGUGAAGGAUCUCUAGAGCUGAGCAGAGAAUUGAAAAUAAGAGAACUCAGAGGUAAAAUCAUAAAUAGCUUAACUAUCCAUCCUGCAGGAAAACGACUUCUCAUUCAUACAAGAGACAGCCUUCUAAGGAUGAUCGACAUAGAGUCAGGAUCUGUCCUUCAAUGGUUUCAGGGUGGAAUGAACACCAAGCUCCAGACGGGGUCGACGUUCUGCGGCUGUGGGUCCAGAGUAAUAGCGUGUUCGGAAGACGGCAGCCUGUCGAUCUGGGACGGCCACACCGGCGAGAAAACAGCAAUGUACACGAGACUUUACAGUCCUGAUUCUCCUGCAGCAGUCUCCUUCCACCCGCACGAGCACAUGAUGGCUUUAGUCUCCCAUUCCAGCCAGGGUUUCCCUGCCCUGACGAUAUCCGUUUUCGGACGGGACUCGGACGGCGACGAGGUCGGUCUAGUGUGGACGGAGAAAUCCAUGGGUGUCCACAAAUCGCAGUACAGCCUGAGUUCAUCGGCGACGAGCAGGUGCAGCGCCGAACAGCGCGUCUCCGACUCGCCCGAGCCGAAAUCGACGAAAAAGAAAAAAAAGGACGUGGGAAUUCUCAAAUCGUUGCUCUGGGGGUCAAAAAAAGAAAGGAAAGGAAUCGGCAAUGACGCUUUUCACGACACGGAAAUAUUUGCGCCGAGUGCUAGGAAAGAUUCGUCGGCGAGGAGAACAAAAAAAGAAUCUAGGAUGGCCGAGGGCGAUACUCACAUGGACCAUAGGCUUUCAGAUAUAAUUAAGAAAAUGGACAAAAUUCUAGUCGCCAUUUCUCCAGACAACCCAAAACUAUAAACCCCCAUGAGGAAUUUAACAUAAUAUUUUUAAACGUCCAUAUAAAUGCAAAAACUUUUAUCUGUUAAAAAUCAAAUAAUAAAUACUUGAUUGUACCUAAAGAACCUGCUCCCGUUUGUAAACUGUUCAUUAAAAAUAGCCAUUGGACAUCUUGAUGUGUUCAUCUAGUCUUCAGUACAUUAGAACAUGUUACAAUGUUAGUGUUAAAGCGUUAUGAAAUUUUUUAGAACUUUAUUUUAUAUUAAACAUCGUGAAUUUUC